AUGGCUCGUAAGGUAAAAGACAAUUUGAACAUUGCUUUCAUACAUCCAGACCUAGGCAUUGGAGGGGCCGAACGUCUAGUUGUUGAUGCUGCUUUAGGACUUCAAGAGUGUGGCCAUGACGUAACAAUUUAUACAAGCCAUUGUGAUAAAGAGCAUUGUUUUGACGAAAUCAAGAAAGAGCAAGUGAAAGUUGUUGUGGCGGGCGACUUCCUUCCAACUCAGUUAUUUGGUAGAUUUUUUAUUCUAUUUGCAACUCUGAGGCAGCUAGUAUUGGUCUUGAAGCUAGCGUUUACAGGUGUUAUUAACAAACAUGAUAUAUUUAUCGUUGAUCAGCUGUCAACAUGUGUUCCAUUUCUACAUAUUCUAUCCAAGGCUAGGAUCUUGUUCUACUGUCAUUUUCCAGAUCAGUUAUUAGCGACUAGGACAAGUUUGUUGAAGAAGUUGUACCGAUUACCUUUCGAUUUAAUUGAACAAGUUUCUAUGAGCUUCAGUGAUUUUGUUGUUGUCAACUCGCAAUUCACUAGAUCAAUAUUCUUUAAGGUGUUAAAUAUGGUUAAAAUUAAUCCAAAUGUGGUUUACCCCUGUGUAAGUAUGGAACAAACGUCUGUAUUACCAGAGGAUGAGAAAUUGUUAAGUAAGAUAAUUGGUCCUAAUAGUAGGUACUAUUUGAGUAUAAACCGUUUUGAAAGGAAGAAGAAUAUUGAAUUAGCAAUUGAAUCGUUCCAUUAUUCUAAUCAAGGGAAAGAUAAAAGAAGUAAGUUGUUGGUUUGUGGUGGUUAUGACAAAAGAGUUACUGAGAAUGUGGAGUAUUUAGAGGAACUUCAAACAGUCGUUAAAAAGUUGGGUAUGAAGUACUCAACUAUAUCAUAUCCUCAAUACUCUAAAACCCCUGAAGAUUUUAACCUCCCUACUGAUCUCACAGAGAGUAAAGUAUUGUUUAUAACAUCAGUAUCGGGAUCAUUAAAAGAUCUACUAUUACAAAACACUGAAAUGUUACUUUAUACACCUUCAUUUGAACAUUUUGGAAUAGUUCCUUUGGAAGCCAUGAAACAUGGAAAACCCGUGCUUGCCGUUAAUAAUGGAGGACCACUAGAGACAGUGAUAUCUGUAAAACAAGAUUCUGCAAAUCUCAAAACGGCUACUGGUUGGUUAAGGCCUCCGGAAUCUGCUAAGUGGGCAGCUGCCAUUGAUGAAUCAGUUGAAUUUAACAUUAAAAAUCCUAGCUUUUUUAAGGAGAAUAACCCUCAGCAUGUUUAUGAGAAGUUUUCUAGGGACGCUAUGGUUGAGUCUUUCCUGGUUAAUAUCGAAAAGAUGCUGCUAAAUGAAAGAAGAAUCAGUCUUCUUGCAGUGUUAACGACAAUCGCAUUAAACUUCCUCAUCCAUAAAUCUAUUUUGUACAUAUUCCCGCUAUCGUCUACUGUAUUCCUGUUGAUUGCGACGCUCUUCAUCGCUAGUGGCCAUUACGUGCCCGGUGUUUACUGGAUCUUUGCAUCUUCUUUACCGUAUGCGUAG